GUUUUGGAAAAGAAAGAAGGUGAAAGAAGAUGCUAUAAAAGAAUGUUUUACAGGGCUUAAUUGUUUAUAUUUUGGUGUUUUAUUCCACACAAACUGACAAACAGUGGCAUGCCUCCGGACUGAUGGAAACUAAAGAUGUUAAAACUUUUCACCAGUGUUGUGUAUGUAAUCUGAUAUUUAAAAAAUAUGACGACUUAGAAAAUCACAAUAAAAUACAUGUUAAAGAUGAAAAACCUGUAGAUCAAAAUGAAAGUUGUCAAGAGAGAGAAGAGAAAACUGAUGAUAUAGAUGAAUAUUGUCAUGUUCAUUUUAAUCAGGGUAAAACUGAAGAUGAAGAAACUGAAACUGAUUUGAUGAAACACAGCAAAUCACAUGUCACACAAGAAAAGAGAGACAGGAAAACGACUUCUAAAAAAAACAUGGAUCCAAAUAUACAAGACAGGGCUUGUUUUAAAUGUGAUGUUUGUGGUAAAUCAUUUAAUAAACGACGGCAUUUACAGAGACACAUUAGAACCCACACAGGCGAGAAACCAUUUGAAUGUGAUGUUUGUAGUAAAUCAUUUACUGAUGCGAGUAACCUAUACAAACACAGAAAGAUUCACACAGGAGAACGACCUUACGCAUGUCAUGUUUGCGGCAAGGCUUUCAGUCAGGCAGUUGGUCUACAGCGACAUACCAGAACCCACACGGGGGAAAAACCUUUUAAGUGUGACAUUUGUGAUAAAUCUUUUGCCCAGCUCGGUGGUCUGCAGACGCAUAUAAAAACUCACAGCGGCGAUAAACAAUAUCAGUGCGGAGUUUGUUAUAAAUUGUUUCACGACAAAGGUAAUUUUUUAAGACACAUGCGGAUCCACACGGGUGAAAAGCCUUAUAAAUGUGAUGUUUGUAGUAAAUCAUUUACUCAGAGUGGAACUCUACAGACACACAUGAAAAGUCACGCUAGGAAGGUGCAAUGUGAAUGUGAGUUUUGUGGUAAAUCAUUUUGUCAUACAAGUCGUCUAGAGCAACACAAAUGUAGGGAGAAGGAGUUUAGGUGUGAGGUUUGCGAUAAAUCGUUUACACGGAACAGUAAUCUACAGCAACAUAUGAGAACUCAUCUAGAAGAUAAUCCCUUUCAGUGCUACAUCUGUGGUAAAUCGUUCGGUCAAAAUGGAAGCCUUCAGAAACAUUUGAAACUUCAUUCAGGAGAAAAACCGUUCACGUGCGACAUUUGUUUUAAAUUGUUUAACAGCCGUGGUAAUCUUCAGAGACAUAUUAGAACCCAUUCUGGGGAAAAACCAUUUAUUUGUGAUGUUUGUGGGAAGUCGUUCACUAGAAAUGAUAAUUUAGUAGAACAUAUCAGAUCUCACAGUGCAGAAAAAACUUUCAAGUAAAUAUAGUGAUCACAUUGGCAUGGGUCAGGGGAAGUGGUCCCAGGCAUACGCUUUUGAUCAUAAGUUCUAUUGAUGGGACAGGUGCUAUGGGUUCGAUCCCAAGCUGGUAUGUGAUGGGGGAUAAGGUCAUAUGUCCAACUUCAUUGGUUUCCUCGAGUGAUCCGGUUUGUUCUCACUGCAAGCUAAUUAUUGACAUGAAAUUGUAUCAAAUGUUAGUCCCUUUUUGUAAGGAGAGAGAGAGAGAAAUGGGGUUUAGCAUGCACUUGAUACAAGCUAAGUUAUUUCCGGACUAACAUAUGGUUUGAUUUUAUUUAAGGAAACCGUAGAAAACCCAUGAGGUUGGACAGGCUACCCUACUCCUUGUCACGUACAAGCAGGGAGUUGAAACCAUGCCACUUGACUGAGAUGCAAUAAACUACUAGACCUCCCAACCCGAGUGGUUGUUAAACCAACACAUGAUCAUGUUCAACAACCAUGAAACUAUAUGAAAUGGGGUUUAACAUCCUACUUUUCUGCACUGACUGGGAUAUCAAAUCAGGUACUGGUAUUUAUCAGAAAUAAUUACGAUUUGAUAGGCUUAUUUCUAGUGCUAGUUAAUAAACAAAAUGGAUGGGAGGAAAAACCAAGGUCCUUAUGUAGACGUUGAUAUGCUUGAUAAUGACAAGAGGACACUUGUUGAAACGUUGCACUAUUAAAGUUGCUAGUGAUUGUUAUCCAUAAAGUUGUGUUGUGUUUUUUCAAUGCCCAGGGCAGUCAGAGCUGAUCAGUAGGACAUUAAACCCUAUUUCACUUCAUUUCAAUCAGUAUUUCUUGUUUUAUGUCGUAUUUGUUUAUGAUAAUGACCCAGAAGGCUUUGUGUAAUAAGCAACGGCACCAUUGUGUAAUAUUCCACCUGAAGCUUAAAAUAUAAAAUUCUAAAUGUGAGUUUUGUUUAAAUUAACUAGAAUACAAAUUUCAAAUUUCAGUUGGAGAAAUUCUUAAGACCACUAAUGCUUAGUUACAAUGUAGUAAGGAGGACAUCUUGGGUUUAAUCCCCAAGUUGACCAUGCCAAUAAACUCCCUAUUUUCCUGUUUAGUUUCAUCUUGUCAGUGAUGGAAGACGAAGGGUCUUGCAUGAAUAGUGCAUAAGUGUUCAGAUGGUAUAUAUAAAACCACAAAGUGUCCGUAGAUUUACCCAAUAACUGCUUCAAUUACCCAAAACAACCUGUAACUUAAGAUAGUUGGAAUUUUAAAGUAAUGUUUUAAGCCAAGAAAUGUCAUUGAUUUAACAUUAAAUUUAGGUGAUAAUUACCAGUCUGUAUACUAAAGCUUGAGAAAAUUACCAGUCCAUAUACUAUAGUUUGAGAUACAUGUACAUGUAAUUACCAGUCUGUAUACUGUAGUUUUAGAUAAUUACCAGUCUGUAUACUAUUGUUUGAGAUAAUUACCAGUCCGUAUACUAUAGUUUGAGAUACAUGUAAUUACCAGUCUGUAUACCAUAGUUUGAGAUAAUUACCUGUCUGUAUACUAUAGUUUUAGAUAAUUACCAGUCUGUAUACUAUAGUUUGAUGAUAAUUACCAGUCUUUAUACUAUAGUUUGAGAUUACAGAAAUAUAAUACGUUUAUCCAUCGCCCGUCAUAGGUCAAUCAAGCUUUUUGGAGUAAAUAAAAAAAACAUUAAAACAUCCGAUAAGUAGGCUAAGGCUUAUUUAUUCCAUACAAUUAAUGUGUGUACGAGCCAACUAUUAGUUGUGUAACCCAAUCUGAUUAAAAUACAGAUCUAUAUUUCGUUUCGUCUUUUAUACUUUCAUGAGGAUCUGACUGGUAGUAGUGGAAGGUCACGUCAGAAAUCAUACGAGGGGCUUUUGACAAUAAUGACGUUAGACAUAUAAUUAACCAAUCAGUGUUGAUGUUUCUAGUGGGUUACCCACUUCAAAUAAAUACACCUACAACAUCUUCAUUGAGUCUGUGCAGAAAUCAAAACAGUUAUUAGGGGUCGUAUGUAUUGUACGUUUAAAAUAGAUUAGUUUUGUGGGAGGAUUUAAUGCAAAAUAUAAGUAAAUACAACUGUUUUGGGGAUGAAUUCUGAUUUUCUGAAAGUAA